ACUGCCUUCCUACUUCUACUCGGAACGUAAAAUUGUUCGUAUAAACCAAUACAUAUAUUCGUGUAAACUGAAACGCUGUAUUGGUUUAAAAGCUAGUGUAAACACCAAACCGCACUACAGUGUUCUGUGCGCGCACAUAAAGACGACGUCGGCCAGAGUUAUAUAUCCCGAUAUUGAUAGAAUAGCUGCGAGGACACACGCCCUCUUUCACCCCCCGCCCCCCUCGGGUAAACCGGCCAGGGUUUCCGGAAAUUUGCAAACUCGUGAUGUCAGGAGGUGCAUGGGGAUUUGUGCAGCUUUCCAGCUAAAGAUUUCUUUUAAUGGGUAAGAAGUGUAGAUCUAUGGGUAGGAUAACAAGUAAAUGGCAAGCUUAAUUAUCUGAAUAUAUAGCAGAAUGACAUGGUCAUAGUUUUAUUUUUCCCUACUUUCGGGAGUUUAGCAAAAGAUCCUGGUUGAAUUUAGUACCCGCCAGCCGUCCUUCACCUUAUACUAACAUGAAGCGGCAUUCUUUAGAACAACUUUCGGAUUUUUGUGAUUUUAACGGAGGUAAAGAUUUGCGUGAGUUCUUAGCACAGAACCAUUCGACUUGUGAUUUUAACAGCUAUUUGAAGGAUGUACGCAUUAGCCCUGACGGACAGCACAUACAUGCCAUUCUCCGCAAGCCAAAUACCGGUCUUAUGACUUUUGAUAAAAGCCAAAGACCUCAGCUGAUUCCAAGCCAAAAUCGCCUGGAUUUGGCCUCGACGCAGCCCGUGCCCGUGGUGGAUGUGGUGUACCUGGAACAGAACGACAAAGACGGCUCUUCGGCUGUACUGGCUGCGGUACUGGAGAAUGGCAAAGCCGAAGUUUGGAAAUACUGCGACCGCAAAUCCGGCUGGAUCUUACAGCAGAUAUCGGACCUGUGCAACAGCCCCAGCGCCAAAGUAAUUUCUGUCUGCGUAAGUGCCAAAUGCAUAAUAUGGUGCGAGGAGCGACCGCCUUCGGAGAGCUCUCCCGGUGCAGCCCGCAGUAAAUUCAGGUACUGCGUGUGCAGACGAACUUACGAGGUGAUAGGUGGUGGUGUCUCUUUAGGGGGGGUGAAAAUCGCUCUGCACAACAGCCCUCCUUACAUUGUCACGGUGGCGGGUGACAAUGUUUACCUGCUUCCCGAUGGAAACGACACUUCUCCAGCGAACGUCUCCAGAUUCUUUUUUAUCUGGUCUCUGCAGUGCGAUGCUGUGACCAUUGGUACUACUUGCAGUGGGCGGCUCAUGUGGCAGGACUCUUCGUCUAGUAAGGAAACCGAUUUCAGUAAGUUAAUUUGUGAUGGUGCUGGUAUGCUGUCCACUAUGAACCCGCCAGAAAUACGUGCCUUUUCCCCAACUGUAUGUGGGGGGGUGAUAUUGCUCCUUAGCUCGGGAUGGAUCUGCAAGUUAUCCACAGAUGGCAUUCUACGCCGUAUUUACAAACUGCCGGAUAAUUGUUUAAUCGGUUAUGAGGUGCAAAGUAGCUUAAACAUGUACAAUGGCCUGCUGGCUUUGACUGUGGCAAGGAUGCUGUAUUUGAUUGACGCCGCAUGUGGUCUGGAGUUGGAGAAGAUACCACUGGACAGAGAGGCGGUACUUUUUGUAAACAGCCAGGAGCAGGAAACCCCACACCUGCUGUCUGAAGGGGGGCUGUUCAUGGUCCAGCGUAAGGAGUGUGAACCUGGGCAUGAGCAGCUGGAUCAUCCAGAAAGCCUUGAGGUGGGCUCUGUACUAGUGGAGGCGGUCUUUGAGGAGGCCUGUAAGUACUACCAACAGAGGAGUCUGAGCAGUGCCCAGCUGACCGUGGAGAGGCUCAGGAGCGGAGGCAUGUUCCAGGCACCCAUCACCUUGUCCUCCAUCCUCAAGGAUUACCUGAACGGCCAGAAGAGCAGAGAUAUGGCCCCAAGUGACAGCUGCCAUGGCAAGUUGCUCGGUGCCCUGGAAGCUGAGCUCAGAAGCUUGCUGGUUCUGGAGGAAGCCAAGCUGUCCAUGCUGACAGCCUCAAAGGCAGACCUGGCCAAAUGCUGCGAGACCUUGGUUCACGACGAGAUCCGCAGACUCCUGUGCUCUGAGAUGGAUAGGGAGAGUCUCCUCUACCUCAACGCCAUCGUCGGCACCUUUCCCUUCGAGUCAUGGCAGACAUUGCAGAAGGUCCUGCAGCUGCAGUAUGAUGGUGAAGGAUCCCUCUCCAGCUCAGCACCUCCAGAGGUGUGGAAGACCGUCUUGAGUCCCAUCCAAGCAGCCGCUCGCUCCCCUGUGGCCCCGGCCAACGUGGCCGUGCCCGUGUUCGAGCUGCUUUGCAGGACCGUGUACCGCUUCCAGCCCAGCUGGCUGCCCCGUUUCCUGGAGCUGGCGCAGCAGCAGGCCGGCCGGAGCCACGGCAUGCCGGAAAACGCGGAGAGCCAGCCGCUGUACCGGCGGGCCCUGGAUGUGCUGCCCAGGGCCGGCGAUCAGCACGACCUGGAACUGGAGCUGCUGCUGUGCAGCCAGAGGCCACACGCCGUCCUGCAGGCCCUGCGCAUCCUGAUAGGCCGCCGCGACUGGCAGCGUGUCACCCAGGUGGCUCAGCGCUUUAGCCAGCAGAGUCCGCUGCUCAACAAGGAGAUCUUCAUCAGUCUGCUGUGCGAAGUAUCCCAGCACCGUGAGCUGGAUCCCUACCUGGAGUUGCUGUGGGCCCUCUGUCCCGAGGAUAUGUCAGCGACCAGCAUACUGAACACAGUGCUGAAGAGCCUCCCCCCUACAGACCCCGGAACUGACCCCUUCCAGACUCACGGUGCCCAGCUCACCAUCGGGCUCCUUCGCCCUCUGCUCAGCCGCGUGCUACAGAGGGACACCAAGCCCAGCCACCGGUACGCAGACAUCCUACAGUCCCCUUCCUUCCCUCCCCCAACACCUCCCCGGCAGGCCAGGGGGCUCCCCAGGUCCAACACAGACAGCGGCGUCAGCCCCCUAGACCCCGGCCAGAUGGCUGCCUGUGUGGUCAGGAUGACAUCACCGCCCCAUCACAUGUAACCUCCCCAUGUGCUGCCGAGGAGGAACGUCGGAGCGGUCAGCACCUCCCCAUAACAACCAAAGUUGUAGGGCACUCCGGACCCUGCGUACCUGGCUCUCACCGUACACCCUGCUUGUGCUUCCCGGAUGGAGAGGCCUCCCCGAAGGGUGUAGGCUCCGCCUCCGCCGCCCAUCCUUAGAGGACAAACGUCCAGCUGCUUCUCCCAGUGUGACGGUGAAAAAAAUGCAGUUAGCAUAUGGCAAUAUCACUCCAUCCCGCACAAAAGUAAAAUGUAUAAGUGAUAGUGUGAGCUUUUUGGAGAAACCUCAUUUGAGAGUUUCCCUGUGUAAUUUCAGUGCCUAAAAGUAACUGAUUUUCUGUAAUGUAACACUCCUAGUUUCUUUGACUAACUUCUCUUUAGUCCAUGAUAUUUUUUACAAACAUUUUAAUAUAAAAGUCUCUUAAUGGAAGUUUGAAUUUUACUGAAAGCACAAGGCAUCCUGAAAUGGAGAAUGACAUCAAGCUGUGUAAACACUAAACUGUGGCUGAAUCCAGGGAGAUUAUACUUUACUGUUCUAAGUUUUUAGUCUUUCAGAAGCACCAAUUCGCUCGGCCCAGCAGGUCAAUGAAAGCUGCACGUAGGUGUGCAAUUAGAGUAUUGGGCAAAUAAGACUCCAGCAUGUUUUUUGUACAAAUAUAACACAUAACUGCUAAUUAAAGUGCUGUUUGUGGUC